AUGCAGCGACCACUCGUACGGGAAGACUUCGAAAUAGGCAUCAUUUGCGCGUUGCAAUGCGAGUAUGAUGCAGUAGCUCUGUUGUUUGACGAGUUUUGGGAUGAAGAAGGAGAUCUUUUCAACAAAGCCAACGGAGACUAUAAUGCCUACAGAACUGGACGCGUUGGCAAGCAUAACGUUGUGCUUGCUCUUUUACCUCACAUUGGCAAGGUAAACGCAGCAGGUGCAGCGGCUAGCUUUCGAUCGAGUUAUGGUGCUCUUCGGCUAGUGAUUCUAGCAGGAAUAUGUGGCGGCGUACCUUUUAUUCAAAGCCGAGACGUUGAAGUCUUGCUAGGAGAUGUUAUUAUAAGCAAGAGCGUUGUUCAAUAUGACUUUGGCAGGCAGUAUCCAGAUAGGUUUAUCCGCAAGAACAUGGACGCAAAUAACUUCAGCAAACAGGAUAAAAAUAUCCAUAACUUGUUGGCGCUAUUUGAUACGAGAAGCGGCCGAGAGACUCUCGAAGAAAGAACUGCCUAUUUUCUCAAGCAGUUACAGUUGCAUGAUGCAAAGCUUUGGGGUAGUUAUCAAUAUCCAGGUCCUACCGAGGAUAAGCUAUUCGAGUCGAAAUAUCGGCAUAAGCACCACCUAUUACCAAAUUGCACCUGCGGCGGCUGUCAGGAAAAAAUGGAUCCUGUCUUUACAAGGAAACGGCUCCAGCAGGGAACUCCAAGGUCUAUUAUCCAUAUUGGAGCAAUUGCGUCCGGUGAUAGCGUUAUGAAGUCUGGAGAAGAUCGAGAUCGUAUCGCUAAAGAAGAGGGCAUCAUUGCAUUUGAGAUGGAGGGAGCAGGUGUAUGGGAAGAAUUACCAUGCAUCAUUGUCAAAGGUGUGUGUGAUUACGCUGACUGCCACAAGAACAAGAAAUGGCAAAACUUUGCAGCGGCAGUGGCGGCGUCGGCGUCAAAAGCAAUUCUCGAGCGAUACAUCAAAACAGACAGACGGUCGCCAUAUCUUACGCAGAAGCAAUCUGACUCGAAAGGCGAAAUUAAUUCGGUGAACGCCAGCCUUUAUAUUCCGCAAAAGCAUUCGAGUCCACACUUUAUAGGCCGAGCGGACUAUAUAGAUCGAAUCGCCGCCUUCUUCCAGCCUCGACGGAAUGAUGAACCUCCAGGCCGGCGAGAGUUUCUCCUGCAUGGACCUGGUGGCUUCGGGAAAACACAAAUUUGUCUUCGAUUUGCUGAAGAGUAUUCGAGACUGUUCUGGAGAGUAUACUGGAUUGACGCGACCAAUAAACAGAGUCUCAACAACAGUUUCCACAGGGUUGCACAAGAUCCAGAAGCUAAGAGUGCCGGACUAGACGGCUCCAUUGAAGCUACUUUCCUGUGGUUAUCAGCACAACGUCGAGAAUGGCUUCUGAUCUUGGACAAUGCAGACGAAUAUCAUGAUUCCUUAGAUGAGUCAAUUCCUGGCGGCAUCCGAUCCAAUAUCUUGAUCAGUAGCCGAAGUGCCAGCCUUCAAUAUCGUGUUCCUCAUGAUCAAGCCAUGCGCGUCAGCGAGCUGAGCCCUGAUGAGGCAAAACAAUUGUUAUGGAGCGUCGGCCCAAGCCACCAAUAUCCCGAACUUACAGCAAAAGUGGACGAGGAGCUUGGUAAGAUAGUACAAGAGCUAUCUGCCAUUCCUCUUGCCAUCCACCAUGCAGCAACUGCAAUUCUCAAUGGUUACUGCAAAUUGUGGGAAUACCGAGAAAUGCUCAGCGAUCGUAGGAAGUUGAUGCUGCAGAGCCCAUCUUACCGCGGAGACUCGGGGUACAACAACACUCUCUAUAGUGCAUGGAGUUUGACGAUAACUCAGUUAAAAAACCGGACCAAUUCUAGGAUUCCUAGUUCUAGUUCUAAGGGCGAGAUAAGUAAGGACUCAAUAUGUCUUGAAGUCGAACUGCUCAGCCUUCUGGGAUUUUUUCAUCACAGCGCCAUCUUAGAAGAUAUAUUCCAUCGAGCAGCAAUACAACAUAACGAGAAAGUACAACUAGUACAUGAGGUCAAACUCCCAAGGGUCUCAUCAGACAUACCUCAUGGCCUCCUUAACCUCAACAAGAACGGCAAUUGGGACCAGCAUUGCUUUCGUGAGGCUAUACAGGCCCUUCACGGAGCAUCUCUGAUCCAAAUCGAUGUGGGCCAUAACACUUACUCUAUCCACCCACUCAUUCAUGCUUGGUCUAGGGAGCGGCUCACACCGAAGGAACAACAACGAAUAUACUCGGCAGCUAGGGCGAUUCUUGUCCAGGCAAUUGCUAGCGAUACGACGCCAGACGGCCACAAUCUUAAUCGCCAACUUAUUCCACACAUGAUUUCGCUUCGGAAAGCGAUGGAAGAUCUCAAUUUGAAGGACCUAUAUGCCGAUGAUUAUGCAUCAGACUUUUGGAGAGUUUUUCUAGCACAUGGGUACUAUGCCGAAGCAGAAGUCUAUGCGAGGAUGCGGAGGGACGGCCGAACUCAUCAUCUAUGGGAAUUGCACCCCCUCACGCUCGAAGCGAUUGAGCGACUAGCAAUGACUAUGAAGGAAAAUGUUACUCCUGCUAUAUUGAAGAAAUCGAUUGACCUUUUGAGUCACGCGGUUGAGAUUAGAGAGCUACUGCAGCCGGAGAGUGUCGAUACUCUCAAUGCUAAAAUCGCUCUUGGCACUCUAUACCAACAUAAGGGUGAGCGGCAAUCUGCUGAGGUUCUGUUCAAAUACGUAUGGGACACAGCCAAAAAUCGCUUUGGCGAAUCAGAAGAUGUUUCUAUCCGGGCUGCUACAGCGCUUGGUGCGAUCUACAUGGACCAGGGAAAGCUUGAUGAAGCAGAGAAGUUGCAGCGAGUCAUACUCUCUUAUGCUAAAGCAACAUUUGGGGAGGAUCAUGAAAAGACAUUAGGCAUUAUGGGUACUUUGGCAGCAACGUUAAACCUCCUCAACAAAUUGGAGGAAUCAGAGGCGCUGAAGAUUCACAUCCUAGAAAAGCGCAAAGUAAUUCUUGGAGACGACCAUCCGGAUACGCUUCUUGCCCAAGCAAAUCUUGCUGCCACAUAUUCUCGGCAGAAGAAAUGGCAAGAAGCAGAAGCAACCAUCCGAGAAGUGACAGACAAGAGACUGAAAGUCUUGGGAGAAUAUCACCGAGAAACAUUACGAGGUAGGGUUGUCUUGACAGGUUGCUAUAUCGGACAAGGGCGAUUCGAGGAAGCCAUAGAUGAAGGGCGGAAGGCUUUAGAAGGUAGAGAGAAGAUUCUUGGCCACAGCCACCCGGAUACUUUAUGGGCGAUGCGGAAACUGGCAGAGGCGUUGGAAGGUCAGGGUCAAGUUGAAGAAGCUACUGGUCUGCGAGAAAGGGUUUUGAAGCAGCAGUGUGCCAAACAAUUUGAUGCGGCGAAGAAUAUUGUUGGUGAGAAAUCUGCAAAUGCUCCGUAG